AUGAAGUGUGUGCCUUGUCGUCGAUAUAGCUCAAACUCUCCUAUGAGUGAUCCGGUGAGUCUGCCUGCAGAUCGUGUUAAAGAUUCUAACGUGUUCGACAUCACGGGUAUUGAUUUGGCUGGACCUCUUUUUACUAGAGAUGGAGGUAAGGUGUGGAUAGUACUUUAUACCUGUGCCAUUUAUCGGGCGAUACAUCUAGAGCUAGUAAGUUCAUUGUCCACUGAGUGUUUCAUGCUUUCUUUAAGACGGUUUAUAGCACGUCGUACUAGACCAGAAACUAUAUAUACAGAUAACGGGACUAAUUUUGUUGGCACCAAUAGUGAAUUGAAAAAUCUAGAUUGGGAUAAGAUAAUGCGAGAGACCGACAUUAAACCUAUUAAAUGGAAGUUCAAUCCUCCAACUGCCGCUUGGUGGGGAGGAUGGUGGGAGAGAUUAGUACGAGUAAUUAAAGAAUUAUUGAAGCCUACUUUAGGUAAGGCAAUUUUAAAAUAUGAAGAACUUUUAACUGUCCUGUGUGAUUGGGAAGCGGUGGUGAAUUCUCGUCCAUUAACCUAUAUUUCGGAAGACCCGAAUGAUUUAAUACCAUUAACGCCAAGUUUGUUUUUAAACGGGAAAUCUUCAUAUGACACCAUAGAUUUAGAUUUAAGUGAAUUCUCUAAGUUUCAGAAAAGAAUAAGGUAUCGUCGAAAACUGAUCCAUGAUUUUAGAUCACGUUUCAGGAAAGAAUAUCUUGGUCAACUACGUCAAAAACGCCCAGGAAAGUCUGGUCAUGAUUUCAAAGUUGGUGAAGUCGUGAUGAUUGAGGAGCCAUCCAAAAGGCGCGUGUAUUGGCCUUUAGGAAAAGUAAUAAGUCUGCUUCCAGGUAGGGAUGGUAAAGUCCGUACCUUGAAAUUAAAAUUUAAGAACUCCGAACUGAUUCGUCCAAUUCAAAGAGUUUAUCCACUCGAAGUACCGUUUAUAAAUAAUGAAAUUGUAAAAAUUGAUGGCGUUCCGACAUCUAGUGUUAAAGAAAAUGAAUUAACCAGUAAUGCAGACAUAAGAAAUAGAAUCGCUAAAUCAGGUAGAUUAGUUAAAAUACCUGAAAGACUUGGAUUAUUUAAUGAGAUUUUACAUGCUUUUGAGUGA